CACCGACGACGCUCCGCGCUCUGCCCUCGAUCGAUGAGAUAAACGCGCACCCCGCUUUUCGGCUUGGAUCAAUACGGAUUCCAUCGAUUUUCAGAGCCGCAGCCGCCGCACAACCGAACCGAGGGUCGCACGCGGUGGUUGCGCGCGGUUUAUGUUCAAAUAAUCUAGUGCGCUCGACCAUAUUGAAAUUUAAUAAUCAUAAUUAAUAGUUAAUUGAUUUCUCUGUGUAGUAUAAGAAAGUUAAUCGUUAAUUUGUUAAUCGUCGGUUUUAAGAUGCCGUAGACUUGGAAAGAACAAUGACUUCGACGGACACAUAUCAAUUGAAAUGGCACUCGCACAGUUCGCAUUUGAACGGUUCGGUGGCGGCUCUGUUGCGUUCGGAGCGUUUCACCGACGUCGUCUUGUGCACUAUGGACGGCUCGCAAAUACCGGCCCACAAGUUCAUACUGAGUUCGUGCAGCGUGUACCUGAGCGGUCUGUUCGAGGGCCAGAGGUCUGUUAUGAGGAUGGGAGGGAUGCUGUACGUGGUGCUUCCGCCGGAAAUAUCGACGAAGGCCCUGAAGAUUUUAGUCGAAUACAUGUAUAAAGGCGAAACGACAGUCUCAAAUGAAAUAUUGGACACCGUCCUGAAAGCUGGCGAGGUGCUCAAGAUCCGCGGUCUCUGGCGUCAGACCGACGAGGGCGGCGCCUCCACGGAGCCCCCAGACAAGAGCACAUUCAACCAGACCCUGCCAUCGGCGAGCGUGAACAAGCAAAUCGUGCCCAAGAAGCCUGACGAGGGACAGGCCAAGAUAGCCGUGAAGAAAGAUGAUAAGCUCUUGAAAACCUUCACACCAGUUCAAGGCGCAGGACAGGGAAUAACCAGACCAAUGUUCAUCGGUCCCCCAAAGCUGGUGUUCAUUAAGACCACUGAAGGCGGGACCCAAGCCGCCUUACGUCCCUGUGCACCGAAGGGUCAGACCAUACUAGUCGCUCCGGCACCCACAUCUGACGCCCCCACCCUCACCACAAUGACCGCCACUGCAGCAACGAGCACGGCCAACCCAGUAGCGGAGGCGUCCGAAGACAGUCCACCACCGAGGAUAUUGAGGAGGCACGUCACGGAAAAGAAAUACGGGAAAAGGCAGAAGACUGAACGAAAUACAGAGGAAGAUGCUAAGGAUAACGAUGACGGAGGAAACGCUGACAAUGUGUCUGAAUGCUCAAAGAAAUCAAAUCAAAGCGCUCAAGAGACGACGACAACUGAAAUUCAGAUAAAAGAUGAACCGGAAUGGGACGCGAGCAGCAUCGAGGAGGAGGAGCGCUCCAUCGCGGAGAUGUUCCAGGCCGAGAUGAACGUGAAGUCGGAGCCCGUCGACGACGUGGACAUCGAGGACGACAGCCUGGUGUACAGUCCGCUGGCGUGCGAGCUGUGCGCGGAGGUGUUCACGGUGCCCGCCGCCUGGGUGCGCCACGUGCAGGGACACGCGCACGACCAGCCGCGCCCUCCCCGCGCCCCGGGCGACGAGGGUGAGGAGACAAUGGCCUUGCUGCGUUGCGACUUGUGCCAGAAGCACUUCCCGAACCCAGCGCAGUGGGUGCGGCACAUACAGAGCACCCACACCGAAACAGAAUUGGCCAUAUCAAACAACAGUGCCCCACCAAAACGUCACAAUCGUUUCACAGAGGGCGCGCAAAACAAGACAUGUGCACAUUGCAAGAAGACGUUCCCGUCACACGCGUCCAUGCUCAUACACAUGCGCACGCACACAGGGGAGCGGCCGUUCGUGUGCGGACUGUGCAACAAAGGCUUCAACGUGAAAUCGAACCUGCUCCGGCACCUGCGCACUCUGCACGAGGCGGCCGACGAGCCCGGCGUCGCGCCCGCCAAGCGAGAGCCAUGAAGACGAGGAGGGCGGGCAGGGCGAGGCCGCGGAGUGAACAGCUCCGGCGACGGCGAGCCUCGCAAGCAGAGCUACUCGCUGUUCCUGCGACAGCGCGCCGUGCUCUUCUCCGCCAGGAAGUGGAAGCAGUGAAGGGAGCCCCUGACGCCGCACCGGCCGUUACCACUUGUACUACUCGUGCCCAAUGUACCCCUGUACGCUUAG